CCGCGGCGGCCCCUGCAUGGACGGCGGGGCGCCUCCGCUGUGGGCGACGCUGCUCACGGCGUGGGGGGCGACCUGGAGCGCCUGCUGGAGCUGGGGCUGGGGCGGAGUCGCCCCCCAGGCGGCGCACGCGGCGCCGUUCGCGUCCUCCGGCCACUGCCAGGAGGACUCUGAGCGCCGCUCCUGCGACUGGGAGCUGCGCAAGAUCAUCGACCUCCAGCAAGAGGUCGGUCUCCUCCAGUCGGAGGUGUGGGCGCUGCGGUGCCUGCUGCUGGCCGGGCUUCUACUGCUCGGCGCUGUAGCCUCGGGUGCUGGCACGCUGGGCUUCCUGGUGGGGGCCUGCCGGCGCUGCCGCUGCGGCGGGCGCGAGCGCGCUCCGGGCCGGGCGGCCGAGCCCGGCGCCCAACCGGGCCCUCGACGCCGAGCCGCCGGCAGCAGUAGCCCGAUGGCAGACGUGCAGACGCUGGACAUCGGCGACCCGCAGAUCCUGGUCCACUACCCGGACGACGACAACGGCUUCUACUGGCAUCGCAGAGUCUUGCUCUUCAGAGUGUCGGACGAUAUCUGGAUCAGUUUGACACCUGAUCUCGCCCUGGUGCGCUUGAAGCUCCUGGACAUCCGGCACGAGGUGCUGGAGAGGCGAGCCCCGUUCCCUGCCCACCUGGGCAACCAGGUCUACGCCCACGACCCCAUCGCCGCCGCCGCCCUGGCGGGCUUCCGCCGCCGUGCGAAGAUCCAGGGGCAGCUGCUGGGGGUGGGCCAGGUGGACGUGGUCGAGAGGAUGAUCUGGGUGGUGGCCGAGCCCCGGUCGGCGAAGUUCGGCGAGGUGAUCGACUCGGCCAUCAUGGACGACGACGCCCGCGGCACGGGCUUCGACACGAAGGGCGUGGCGGUCGUGGACGGGGAGGAGAUUCUCGUGCAGAAGAUCGCGGCUAGCAAGCUCGACGACUUCAAGAAGGAGACCAAGGCGGACCUCGGAGACGUGCGCACGCUCGGGGACCACCUCGACGAUGCUGGGCAACGCAGCCUGAGGCUCUCGGAGGCGGUCGCGCUGAUGAGAGACACGGACCAGCCGAACUUCCCGCUCGCCGGCGUGAGGAGCGUGAAGGAGUUCCUCGAGUCGGUGGCUUCCGGGCCUGGCAACAUGACGUCGUACCAGGCGGAGUGGGAGCGGCUCGGUGGAGUCGGCGAGGGUUCGGCAGUCAACCACGUGCACCGCAACUUGUGCGAGGUGAUUCGGCUCAUGCGCUCCUGGGGCCAGGUCGACGCCUCCAUGAUGGCCUCUGCGGAGCUGAUCGUGCGCUGGCUGGUUCAGACGGAGAUAGCGGUAGAGCGCAACCCGCGCCACCCAGACUACAGCGGACUGGACAUAGUGAUCUCGGCCCCGGUGAACGCAGCGGGCCGCGCGACGACGAACAAGUUCAACUCCUGGGUCACUGACAAGCUCAAGGAGAGGGCGCAGAUCUGGAAGCAGGAGCGCCUGUACCGCGAGGAGCAGAAGACGACCCUGAAGGAGGGCAAGGGCGGCGAUGGCUACGAUCCGUCCAAGAAGAAGCCGAAGAAGAGAGGGGUUUUUGACACGGUUCGGGCCCCGAACCAGCUUGCCGCCGCCAACGUGAAUUCACGUCGCGCCCAGGGGCGCGACCGCGCACCAGAAGGGCACCUCCGGCCGACCGCCGUGCAGCAGUGGAUGAUCCAGAACGUUGCCCGGCGUGUGCAGGCGCAUGGGGAUUGCCCCACUGACCUCACAGAGGAGUCAUCGUUGCACGAGAUCCUCGACUCGAGAGACCACUGCGGGAUGGAGCCCAAGAACUUGGCCAGCUUCGACUUCGACAAGGUCAAGAUCCUGCACAGGAAGGUCCACGUUCGGCCGAUGCGCCGGGAGUUGCCCGCGUCGGCCGCUGGUUACCUUCGACACGCCUCCGACUUGAUCGAGAUGGACGAAGCGGAGCUUGAGAGAGAUCGUGCCGAGGGAGUGGGUGUCACGCCAUACUGGGACCCUCACCUCCGGCGCUCGCGAGACCUUCGGAAGCGACUGUACCAGCGCCUGGACCAGCAGGGCAUGCUGACUUGGCGCCGGCGGCUGAAGGGGCAUGCGGGCAUCUUCGUGGUCAAGAAAAAGGAUGGGCUCCAGAGGUUGAUCAUCGACGCCCGAGCGGCCGACCGGGCGCAUCGGCGACCUCCCACUACUCGGCUAGGCUCCUCGCGAUGCAUGGCCGACCUCGACCUCUCCGACCCCCGCCUGAAGGCAUCGGGCUUCGGGGGCCUCGGCUCCGGGGCCUUCAGCCCAGCUGGCCGCGAAGGAGACGUCGGGGACUGCUUCUACAACUUCACCAUCCCCGAGCUGGCGAGCUGGUUCGGCUUCACAGACCAGUUCGACACCAACGAGCUGACGGAGAUGGGCUGCCUGCCGGACUCGAUCUGGGACGACGCCGAGGGGGCCGAGACCAAGGUCGGGGACGGCGAGCAGUUCUACCCUUGCAUGCGCGCGGUUUGCAUGGGCUGGUGUUGGGCGCUCUACUUCGCCAACGAGGCCGUGACCUACCGCGUCCAGCGGGCGCUGCCCGACGGGGCCGAGAAGGUGAUGAGGGAGAUGCAGCCUGCCCCGACCAUCGAGCCCGGCAAGUGCGUUGCCGGAGUGUACGUUGACAACGUGCAGGUGAUCGGAGGCUGCGAGGCUGACGCCAACACUCAGAUGCAUGAAAUCGAGAAUCUUUUUCGAGAGGACCGUAUACCCUUCGACGUGGAGCCGGGGGACAGUUUGGAGAUGCAGUCCCUCGGCCUGGUGUACCACUGGCAGGAGCGUCGCCUGAGGCAUGUGGCUCGGCGCGUCUGGCGGACCCACAUGGCCGGACACGCCCUUUUGAGACGCCGCAAGCUCCACGGGCACGCGCUCCAGUGCUGGCUGGGGCACGUCGCGAACUUGAACCAGCUCUGCCCCGAGGCGAUGUCCGCGCUGAACGCCUGCUACCGCUUCAUCGAGGAGUCGCUGGAGUCGCCCAAGCGGGUCUGGCCCUCCGUGAAGUCCGAGAUCCGCUGCUCGAUGAACUUGCUCUUCCUGAUGGAGGCGGACCUGGGCGCGACCUACUCGGACCAGGUGUACUGCGGGGACUCGUCCGGCCGCGGCUACGCGCUCCACGUGACGAACGCCGAGCCGAUCGAGCUCCGAGAAGCCUGGAGGUGGAGAGAACGCUGGCGGUACCGCGACGUCCCAACGGUGACGGGCCACGUCAGCAACGGGCUCGACUACGUGCGCGGCGGCACGCCCGGCACCGCCACUGGCCCGAAGACCGCCUUCGGCCAGUCCCUGCUGAGUCAGGCGGAGGUGCCAGAGGAUGCGAGCGGCCUGGCUCCCUCUCCGGCCCGAAGCCGCGCUGCGAAGCCGGCUCGUGGCCGCACCCAGCUGCAUCUGGACUCGGGCAUCCCCGCCUUGGAGGACAGCUGGGUAGCCAGGCGCCGCUACAAGCUGGUCGCCGCGGACCGCUGGCGCUGGCAGGACGAGCACAUCAACCUCAAGGAGGCGAGGGUCGCCUUGAUGGGGCUCCGUCGACACUGCCGGUCGGUGAAGUUCAUGGGCACAAAGCUGCUCUCGAUCAGCGACAGCCAGGUCACCGUUGGGGCCUUCGAGAAGGGCCGCUCCAGCGCGGGCCUGCAGGCCCUCUGCAGGCGCGCAGCCGCCUACCGCCUGGGCGGGCAAAUCGCCUGGCGGCUCAGGUAUAUCGAGACUGACCGAAACCCGAGCGACGAGGACUCCCGGCGCUGGGACCUGAAGAAGCCUGCUGGGCUGAACCGGGCGCCCGAGCGUCGAGACGCCGCCCCGAGCCUACUCUGGAACUUCGACCCGAUCGCUCGCCUGCAUGGACUCGCGGACGUCGUCGAGGUAAACUUCGAUAUGAGCAUGUACGGCACGGCCUAUCGGAAACCUAUUCGGAUCCUGACAAACCUGAAAGCAUUACAGUCCCUGGGAGAUCGACCUCGCAUUCGACAUAAACACUCGGUCUUGCUACACGGUCAUCUCACACCACUUGCCGCCGCCUACCCGCCAGCAUUGGGCUCGUGUUGGGCCAAGCUUCUUUCUUCGGCCCUGCCGGGCGACAUACGCCCGGGCCGGCGAGCCUUCGACCCCAGCGAGGCCGCCGACUCGUUCCUCGAGCACGACCCGAUCAUCCAGUUCGGCCAGGACGAGCGGCCCCGGCGCUGGAGGGCCCACCCGGACUGGGCGGCAGCCGCCACCGGGGAAGGGCCGACCGCGGCAGCCUACAGGCCCCCGGACUCGCUGAUCAUGGCGACGGUGACCGGAGGCACUCUGGAGAGGUACGCGACGGCGGUCCACGAGUUCGAGACCUACGCGAAGGAGAAGCGCCUGCCGCUGCAGCCGCUGGCACGCCUGGACGACAGCCUCUCCCUCUACUUCGUGGACCUGUUCGACGACGGCUUCGGGGUCUGGGAGGGGCGCAACGCCUUCUACGGGUACAAGCUGCUGAAGCUCAAGACGACGGGCAAGGUCGACCUCCCAAAGGCGCUGGCCUCCCUGAAGGGUUGGACGAAGCGGGCGCCCGGGAGGAUGCGUCUGCCGUUGCCCGACAUCAUCGUGGACGACAUCGCGCUGGACCUAGUGGAGCACGGGAACCCCCUGAUGGGGGCCGCGGUGGUGAUCCAGACAGACACCUACACGCGGCCCUCCGAGGUGGUGGGGCUGAGGCAGGGCCAGGUCCUGCCGCCGGCGCCGGUCGCGAAGCUCGGCGCGCACUAUGGCAUCGUCAUCGCGCCCUCGGAGUGGCACGAGACCACGAAGACGGGCGGCCAGGACGACAGCCUGCUCGUGGGCGACGUGGCGAGGCCGUGGCUGACGAGCGUGCUGCGGCUGCUCCGCAAGCCCAACGCGUCGGACAAGAAGAAGAUCUUCGACUUCACCCUCGGCGACUACGAGCGCGAGGUGAAGAAGUCGGCCUGCCGCCUGGGCUACACCUCCCUGGGCGUUUGCCCGCACGUCUUCCGGCACUCGGGCGCCAGCAACGACAAGGCGCACUCCCGGAGGACGUUGAAAGAGGUUCAGAAGCGCGGACGAUGGGCAUCUUCCGCGUCGGUGGCUCGCUACGAGAAGGGGGCCCUGAUCUUGCAGCAGUUGCGCAAGGUUCCCUUGGCCAAGCAGAAAAAGGCGGCUGAGCGCAGCAAGCGCCUGCCGCAGAUCCUCCUUCAGAAGAUUCGUGAAAUGUAG